AUUCCAAAAAGUUGAAUAAACUUUUUGUUGUUAUGAAUGAUAAAAUUCCAUUACGGUUUAAAGCAAAGGCAGUGGAACCAGGUUUGCUUGUCAGGAUAUUGCCAAUUUUCUUGACACAAGAUUCUUUUAUUGAGCCUAUACAUCGGUGCCCAACUCAUGCUUCCAACUUGGAGAAAUCUAACAAAGAUUUUAUGCAUGUGAACCAUGUAAUCAGAUGCUAUCACCCAGGAGCAAUGUAUCAGAAAGAUUCUUCAAGUCAAAGACUGAGUGUAAUUGUGCCUGCAGAGCCUCCUCAACCAGGCAGUGAUUGGUUUACUAUAAUGUGUUCCUUUAUGUGCAAGAGCAGUUGCAAUCUUGGAAUGAACUGUCGCAGCACGGCUUUGAUUUUCACUUUGGAAAGAGAAACUGGAGAAGUAGUUGGAAGAAAACUACUCAACAUUCACAUUUGUAGCUGUCCACGAAGGGAUAUGACUAAGGAAGAAAUGGAUCAAAAUGUUCAAAAUACUUAUUCUGAGAGGGAGAUAAUGGAGAUGAAGGGUUGUGAUAGGAAAAAAUUGAUAAAGAAGCCUGUGAAACAAUUCUCAAAUGAAUUAGUCAAUGUUCAAAUACCAAAAAAGUAUUUAAAGCCACUAAGAGAAAUGAUAUACAUAAAAACAGAACAGGAUCUCACAAUGGAAGAAAAAAUAUGCCUUGAAGACAUUAAUAAGUAUUUGCAC